GCUACGCAAUCGACGAACACACUCGAUUCUCCAGCAUCCACCUCGCACGCGUCUCGAUCUUCAGUGUCUCACCGACCAAUCUCGACGUCCGUUCGCAAUUCCUGCCAAAGAGGAUAUCUCAAUCGAAACUUAGAACAGUGCAAUUCGAAUUUCGGCUUCUGACAGUGGGAAAGGUUGGAUUAAUUAAUGCGCGAUCGGACCGACACGCAGGGCCCAGAAAGCUGAAUGGAGGCAUCAGCCAUCAGACGUUCGCAGAUCCUGGGAUUGAUCUCGCUUUGGCUCCUGCAGAUCGCGAUGCCUUUUGCGCAUGCGUCUUACAGCAUUGGCGUGGGCAGGGCUGACACCACUGGACCCACUGCUGAAAUCAAUUUUAUGGGCUAUGCGAAAAUCGAUCAGAAGGGAUCAGGACUCCAUCUUCGAACAUUCUCCCGCGCCUUCGUCAUCGACGAUGGGAAUGAGAGGUUCGUCUUCGUCAGCGUGGACAGCGCCAUGAUAGGAAACGACGUUCGACAGGCGGUGCUGAAGAAAUUAGAGAAACAGUUUGGAAAUACGUACACGGACAGGAACGUGAUGAUAAGCGCCACGCACUCGCAUUCCACUCCAGGCGGCUACAUGUUGGACAUGUUGUUCGACCUCACAAUAUUUGGAUUCGUUAGGGAAACGUUCGAUGUUCUGGUCGAAGGAAUAACAAAGAGCAUCGAACGUGCUCACAACGCCGUAGUGCCAGGUCGAAUCUUCAUCGCUCACGGAGAGGUGCUCGGCGCCAAUAUCAACAGAAGUCCUUCUGCGUACCUCAAUAACCCAAAGUCUGAAAGAGAUAAAUAUAAACACGACGUAGAUAAGAAGCUGACGCAGAUCCAAUUCAUUGGAGCAGACGACAAACCGUUGGGUGUCAUUAACUGGUUCGCGGUGCACCCGACUAGCAUGAAUAACACCAAUCAUCUAGUGUCCAGUGAUAACGUCGGCUACGCCUCUGUUCUUUUCGAGAAAACCGUGAACGGAGAUGCUCUGGUCGGCAAGGGUCCAUUCGUGGCAGCCUUCGCCUCCACCAAUCUGGGCGACGUUUCACCGAACACUCGUGGUCCAAAAUGCGAAUUCUCAGGAAAGAGUUGCUCGCCGCAAUACACCUGUUCCGGGAAGAAGGAGAUGUGCUUCGCGUCUGGACCCGGGAAGGACAUGUACGAGAGCACCAGCAUCAUUGCCAACAAGAUCUUCAAGGAAUCGUGGCGCCUCUGGCAGGAUGGGAACGCCAAGGAAGUCAUCGGACCCCUUCGAGUCGUUCAUCGCUACGUCAACAUGCCUGAGGAAACAGUCGAAUUUUACAACGAGACCACUGGGGAAACCGAAAUGGUUCAUGGCUGCCAGCCCGCCAUGGGGUACAGUUUCGCUGCAGGAACGAUCGACGGGCCAGGUUCCUUCGCGUUCGAGCAAGGCACCACCACGGCCAAUCCUCUGUGGAACGCGGUUAGAAAUUUAUUGGCAGCCCCCACGCCCGAGGACAUCAAAUGCCACAGCCCUAAACCCAUUCUACUCGCCACUGGGCGGAUGGUUCUGCCGUACGAGUGGCAGCCAAAAAUUGUGUCAACGCAGGUGGCUCUGAUUGGGAACGUCCUCAUCGCUGGUGUCCCAGGAGAGUUCACAACAAUGUCCGGAAGAAGAUUGCGACAGGCCAUCAGCACGGUCAUGAACGACGUCGCGUCCAACGACGAAACCUCCAUUAUAGUGGCUGGCCUCUGCAAUAGUUACAGCGAUUACAUCACCACGCCGGAGGAAUAUCAUAUUCAGAGGUACGAGGGGGCGUCCACCAUUUAUGGGCCACAUACGCUCACGAUUUAUCUGAAGGUAUACCAGGAUCUGGUGACUGCUGCUAUCCUUAAAUCUCCGGUGGACCCUGGUCCAGCACCCCCCCACCUCAGAAAGAAGAAUCUGCUCACCUUUGUGACGCCAGUUCUUUACGACACGCCUAAAUGGGGCCAGAAUUUCGGCGAUUGCAUCAAACAACCUCAGAGACUCGCCUCGCCAGGGGAUAUCGUCACGGCUGUUUUCAUUUCUGGUCAUCCACGUAACAACUUGAUGACGGAGAAGACGUUCCUGACUGUCGAGAGGCUAUCCGAUGACGAGGUGUGGGUGCCAGUGGCCACAGAUGCCAACUGGGAGACCAAGUUUGAAUGGAAGAGGACAUCGGUGGUUCUUGGCGCGAGUCAGGUGACCAUUACGUGGCAAGUCCCAGAAGGCAUCAAACAGGGUGAAUAUCGUAUCAGGCAUAACGGCUACUACCGCUACAUCCUAGGCGGCGUUUUUCCGUACUACGGGGUAUCGAACCACUUUCAGGUGGUUCCUUGGCCGGAUAAUCGCGGACAACGCUACUACGAAUAACAACCCACGGUGCUUUUAUCCUGAACGAACUGCUUACGCUUAACCUGCCACUGAAUCCGCUUAGAUUCAGUCGCUGGGGCCAUAGGACACACGGUACCUCGUGUUAUCUUUUGUACAGCUGUGUAUAUUGAUCUCCUUGAGCCGAGGCCGCGGCUUCGGGUCGAAAAGGACACGCGUGACGUGUCUUGUCGAACAGAUAUAUUAAAAAUGUGAUCGUUUAUCGAAUAUAGCAAAUAAACCAAGACCUACC